AAAAAGAGAGAGAGAGAGAGAGAGGAACCCCCAUGCAUGCCAUCGAGCCGUUCCCUUCUUACUCGCCGACGAAAAUCUCGUAUGGAUCCUUCGCAUAUGGUACCUGCAUCAGGCAUGUUGUCAUUCCUAGGUUAGGCGAAACUGUCGCGUAGGAUCAGGGCAAGGAUACUGCGCUUAUAUAGGAAGCAAAGCUUGGUGAACCCACCCCCAUGCGACGGGAUAUCACUUAUUACAUCUGCACCCUGGGUUGCCUUCCCCAGUCUCUUCUUCUUCGAUCUCAUCGGACGAAAUCUAACAGACACCAUGAACAACCUCACCCUCGCCCUUCUGGUAUGACAGCAUUUGUCGUUUCGUCUUCCUCGCCCUCUUCCUCUCGUGAAACCACACCUCUCCAAACGCGUCCGAUAACGUGGUAUUGUGAUGGACCGCUCCACGCUUCAGGCCCCUAAGCCGGGUCGCUCGCGCUUCUCGAAAGCGCUACCUGCCCCUCCACCCGGGUUGGAAGAUGAUAGACCACCGCCAGCGUCUCGAGAUCUCUCAUCUCUACCUCGCUCUCCCUUCCCGCCUAGGAAGGAUAGCGUCACUGUUAGGACUAGCAACAAUAGUAUAAGCGCGAGUGUCAAGCCAAAUUUGACCGAAUCAACUCUACCGGCGCCGCCUCCAAAAAGUAUCGUGGAGACCCCUCGCCCACAAAUGCAACCGAAGUUGAUCCCGAGGAAGCCGGUAGGGCUUCCAACAACACCUACCCCCACGACCGCGCCUAAGCCCAAGCACCUAAAGCGGGUGUCUUCGAUAUCUAGCAUAUUGUCAGCAUAUUCCCACACCUCGUCGGGCUCCGUUCAAAGGUCGUCACAAGACAGUAUCUUCACGAAGGACAGUGAACCCGCAAAUUCACCUGAUCGGCCGGGAGUCGACGACGUCCAACAGUCCAUAUCCAAGUCUGCUCCAUCGCUUCCGAAUAACCCUGGCGGAUAUGAGAAACUUGAAAUCUCAUUUGAGGUAGGGGCGAUCGACCUUCAGCCACCGAUUUCGAUCAAGGAUGUGACUCGCUCGAGCACAUCGUCGGGUGACCGACAACAAGGUGCGUCCUCGGGACAGGGGGAUGGCGCUCUCGCUCUCAACAGAGAUCCUCCGGCACCUACCCCAACAACCUUAGACGAUACACCUCAGCGACAGGAAAUCUGGCGUCGACGUGCGUCAUCCAAAACAGACGGCAGCAUCCUCAUCCCAGGACUCGUUCUAGAGACUCCCCACACCUCUAACCUGACCUCAACUCCUUCACAGCCCAUCAACAAAGACCCGACCCCUUCACAAUCCGUCAACACGGACCUCAUCCCCCCUCCAGCACCGAAGCGAAGCAACGACAGUCCGGCAAUUUUACUUCCAAGAAGCGGUUCGCUUCCGGGAAGAAAUAUCCGACCAACCCGGCAAGCGGAAUCGCAAGGCCAACAUGAGACGCGCAAAUUCAAUCCCGUCCCUGAAGAGCUCACCCAGCCAGGCGAGACACGCAAGGGAGCCGGGAUUCCCGGCGAAAUCCCAGCAGUGAUGGAUGAGUACUCGGAAUCAAGCCUGCAAACCGACGCCAAGAUGAACGUUACGUCACCCGCGAACGGUCAACCUGUUUCGGGGAGAAAUUCUAGGGAAGCACCGAAGAAUGCCCUCGAUACGGUAUUGUCGCCUAGCUCGGUUGUAUCGUCGUCGUCGUCCGAAGGGAACCCGGUCGUGCUCCGGGCCAUUGGAGGCCCCCUACGCAGCCAAGUCGAUUUGGGUAGGAAGGGAAGCUCGCCCGAUCUAAGAAUGCACGGCCGCGGAAUCCCGAGUCACCCACGACCAUCGCGCAGCAGUUCUUCAUUGCGCUCUGUCAUGACCCCCUCGCAAGCACAAGAGUCCGCGAGAACCAAGACGAUACCACAAGUGAACCCACCCCCCGUGAUGUCGGUUUCAUCACCACCAGGUUCGAAUGAGCCGCCUCAGAUGCCCGAGCUGUACAGGAUGGUCUCGAGGUUGACCGAACCACUCAGCGAUAUUAACGAAUUCACCGAAAUGGUAAUCGACGAGCAGACGGAGAAACUCAAUGAGGCCGUGGCCCGUUUCCACCGAAAUAUUAACCGGACUGCGCCAGUAACCGACGUCGUCUGGCAGGCCAAACCUCUGACCAUUCAACAUUACGAAUGCUUUGCACGUCAUACCACCUGGCUCCCCGUGAAGAACACCAACUAUACACUGUCGUGCCAGACGUGCGGUGCGGAGGAUAAAAGUUGGCGUCGGACGUGCGCGUUUUGCAGUCUACGCAUCUGCAUCAAGUGCCACGAGCAGCUGAUGUUAACCCACAACUCCGAUCUCAAGGCGUUAAUGGGCAACAUGCAGACCGAUCUACGCGAGAACGAGCGCCGUUGGCAGGAGAAGAAAGCCGAAUAAGCGAUCCAUUCUUCCCCCCAUCGUACGCCCAGGGAGUCCCUAUGUGUUGUACUUCUGGUUAGCUUCUCCCAGGAGGCGAGAACCCUGGCCUUUUUUUUUUCCCCUUUAUUGAUUCCCGUGUGAUUAUUACCCGAGUUAUUUUGACAGAGGAAACCCUUGAAUGAAAGGGUCCUCGACCGACGGCUAGCAGCCGGAUUAUUCAUUCACAUCCCAAUUCCCCAAAUAGGCGGAGAACUGGGACUUGCAACGUAGGGAGGGAGGCGUUAUCAUUGAUGCCAUUUGAUGUCGCGGCGAACUUGAACGUGUGUGAUGUACAUAUAUCUAGCCAGAGAGGAAGAGACAGAAAAGGGGAGGUUGGAAGGUUAAGGGAAAUGAAUGGGACACGAGCAUGGACGCGGCCCAGGGAAGGGAAAGGGAACGGGAAGUCAUACCCAGGCAAUUCCUUCCAUUGCAUAGACGAUGCCCGAGCUUGACACAAAACCAAUCUACUGCGGCACGUACCUUCUAUCUCUACAGUAUCGGCGAUGGCUUGUCUAGAGGACGCGAGAUGUGCCUACUUCAU